UGGAAACAAGGCCACAUGUGUACGUGUGUAAUAGUGAUGAGGCGAGGGAACUUUGAACCUGGCUUUCUGACCUGAGUAGAAACUGGUCACGUAUACGUUUCCCAUUUACAAUGGAGGUAGGUAGUAGUCCACCCGUCCGCAAAGAUGUCAUCAUCAUUGGAGCUGGUAUUUCAGGACUGGCAGCCGCCAAAUGUCUGCACGAAUCUGGCCUGGAACCGAUAGUGUUGGAGAGGACCGGGGAAGUUGGAGGAUUAUGGACUUUCAGGGAAAAUGAUUAUGGCGUGAUGAGGUUCACACACAUAAAUGUAUCAAAGUACAACUACUGUUUCUCGGACUUUCCCUUCCCUGACGAAACUCAAGACUUUCCCCACAAUACUGUCAUGGCACAGUACAUCCAGGACUACUGCACGAAAUUUGAUGUCUACCAACACAUCCGAUUCUAUCGUAAAGUUCUCACUGUCGAGAGGAUAGGAGAAGAAUGGAGAGUAACUGCCCAGGAAGUGGACAAGGACGGGAAGACUGUGAAAUCUAUCAACAAACCAGAAGUGUUCAUUUCAAAGUUCCUCACCAUAGCAACUGGUCAUCAUGCUAAACCUACCUUUCCCAAGUUUCCAGGCCAGGAAUCAUUUAAAGGGGAAGCCAUCCACUCUGUAGACUUCAAUGAUGCACUAUCCAAUGGUAUGGUAGGGAAGCGGGUGUUGGUGGUCGGUAUCGGGAACAGUGCUGUAGAUGCGGCUGUGAACUGUGCCUCUGUAGGCAGGUGUAAAUCUGUCUACAUCAGUUCCAGAUCAGGAGCAUGGGUUUUUUCGAACUACGUGUUGGGCUAUCCAGCAGAUCUUUAUGCAUGUAGAGUGUUCCUCAGGUUGCCAUGGAAACUUGCCACUUACAUCUUAGAGACAGUCAUCAAACUGAUUUCUGGAAAUCCUAAAAGGUGGAAUUUAAAUCCAAAGAUGCACGCUCUCCAGACACAGCCAACAGUCAGUCCUACAUUAAUACAUCACAUACAACGACAAGAGGUCAAGGUUGUCCCCAAUAUACAGAGAAUAGAAAACAAAGAGGUUUUCUUUAUGAGUGGAGAGCAUGCCGAGUUUGACCAUAUCAUUUAUUGUACAGGGUACAAGGUUGACCUUCCUUUUCUCAGCGAUGACCUUCAGAACCUGGUGCUUGACAAAGAUGCAAAUGCUGUAAAGCUCUACAAGAGUGUGUUCAACCCAGACAUUGGCCCAAGUCUGGCCUUUGUUGGGUUUGUUCAACCAGCCUCUGGAGGUGUUCUGUCCAUGUCCGAGACACAAGCACGCUGGUUUGCUGAGGUUUGUAAAGGAACUGUCAAACUACCGUCCAAAUCUGAUAUGUUCAACAGCAUGAAGUCAGAAAUGGAGACAGUAUCUAGUCGGUACUACCAUUCACCGAGACACACACUACAGAAGGACCCAGUCAUCUACAAUGAUGAAAUUGCUGGAUUUAUUGGUGCAAAACCAUCUUUCAUCAGAAAUCCACAACUUUUCUGGAACUUGUUGUGGGGUAGCUGUGGAGCGUACCAGUGGCGACUACAAGGUCCUAACUCCUGGAGAGGAGCCACCGACGCAGUGAAGAAGGUCCCCAUCACCGACCUGAUGAACCUCUUCGGUAUGGUCUUACUGGGAAUUAUAGCUAUUAUACUCUACAAAGUGUUCUUUGUUUCUGGAUGCUGUUCCCAUUAAAUCUAUAAACUCUUCCUUGUGCUCACAGUGAGACCUACAAACAAAUAUUAAAGAUCUCGGCAGUGUGCUGAUUCGGGAGAACGGUUUGGUAUACUGUAUAACAUGAAAUAUUUGUGUGUAAACUUUUUCGUCAUUUUCGUGGUUGUUAUGAAACUAUGCAUAUAAAUACAAGGGAUAUUGUUGUAUGUAUUAUUGUUAUAUUAUUGUGGCAUGGGCUAGCAACGAAAGUUUGUACCAACGAAAUAAAAUAAAAGCUCCAAACCACAAAUAAAGAAAGUGCACACAAACAUUUCAAGUAAUAGAGUAGAACAUGUAUGUACAAUGGUGUAUUUAUAGUCAUUGUAUCUAUACAAACAUAUAUAUUAUGUGUAACUAGUAACACCUAUGCAAGUUUAAUUUAAAUUAAAAUGUCUCCAGACAAAAAGUGUUCACUGUACAUUUACUUUUGAUAUACUUUUCUACAUGAGGACAGGACUUGGGUAUCAUUAAACCCAGUUCUCAAUUUCCUCAACGAAAACCAGCAAACACGACAGGUAGAUGUAAUCUAUAUGAAAAAUUCAUAUAUUUACCUGCAUUGAAUGUAGGUAAAUAUAAAUAUGACAUGAUAAAGACUCAAUGUAAAAGGUGUUCCACUGUCUGUACUAACUAUAGAAUGUUAGUGUUAUCUGCAGGUGUAGGUAUUGAUAUGGGUAAAUGUUAUCUGCAGGUGUAGGUAUUGAUAUGGGUAAAUGUUAUCUGCAGGUGUAGGUAUUGAUAUGGGUAAAUGUUAUCUGCAGGUGUAGGUAUUGAUAUUGGUAAAUGUUAAUCCUGUUCAAUUUGUUUUUAAGGAUUGCAAAUUUUUUUUAAACAACUAAAUAUGAAAUAGAAAUGUAAAUAAAAUUAUUUUUGAAUAUAUUAAGGUUAUGGUUGUUGGUUUGAUUGAAACAGAAUGAGAUUUGAUUUAUUGUUAAAAAAUUUAAUUCACGAUUCCAUAAUUGAAGACUUCAUAAUGUACAUGUAUUUAUUUUGUUAUAGUUUAAUUCUGUUGACAGUUCAUUCUUAGCAGCUCACUUCAGUUUUUGUUGGUCCAGGCAUAAACAGGUUGAGAAUUACCUUGGGAAGUGGAGACAGUCUCGAUUUUUUGAGAUUUCUUUGUAUUUUAUGAUGGAGUCUGCCCAAUUAAACAUCAAAAUUUUGAAUUUUGGUAUGAUGUAAUGAAAACCGCUGAUUAUAGAUAACUUUUGCUUUAACAGUUUUUGGGGUUUUUUUGCCCUUUUUAGCGAUUUUGGAGCAUGUAAAAUUAUCAUUUUUUUUAAGCUGUAAAAUCCAAGAAAUUCAUAGACCUGAUAUGGGUAAAUAUCAACCUGAUCAAUAGACCAAUGUGUUGUCUAAUUUUUACUUAAAUAUAUCUAUUUUAAAUUAGUCUAGUGUAUUUAUUCUGCAAAAUGUGUUAACAUUUGGCAGUAUUGGUAAAGUGCCAAAGGACAGUAGUGCAGGUACUUAAUUGGAAAAUGUACAUUUACUGUUUGUUGUGUUAUUAAGUUUAAAUCUACAUAUAUAUGACUUGCUGGCAUGUUUAUUUCUGAAUGUAAUGCUAAUUCUAGUUACGUAGGGAGAUAAUAUUGAAUAUAUUCUAAUAAAGACUAGUUAAAUAUUAAUUUUUUUUUACGUCUCAAGUCAGUCAGGGAGGGGAGCCAUUUUCAUUAAUUUUUUAUGUGAUAGUGAUAGGCUUUUAUGUAAAAUUGUGAUAUUUUGACAACAAAAAUAUGGUAUAUGUAUUUCAACCUUGUUACUCUCAGUUAAUAUCUGCAGAAGUAUCUCUUCAGAUUUUUGUUAAAAAAUUAAUAUAUGAUGUAUCAUAACAGUUAUAAAGAUAAAUACAACUUAAUGUUAAAUAUGUGCUGAUUGAAGAACUAUUAUCAGUGAGAAUUUUACACUGAUU